CCCAUAUGACCUGAAGCGCUCACGUGAGCGGGGCGGGGCCCGACCGCGGCCAAUCAGAGCCCGGGGGGCGGCUGGCCCCGCCCCGGCCCCGCCCGCGCACGUGGAGCAGCCCCGGACCGGGACCGGGUCCGGAACCGGGACCAGAACCAGGACAAGGGAAGGGACAUCGGCGGAGCACCGGGGGCAGCUGGCGGGGGGCGCAGUGCGCCGGUGGGCACUACCGGACACCACUGGCUACAGCUGGGCACCGGGCACUUGUGGGUGUAGCCGGUACUGCUGAGUACCGCCGGGCACUGCCAGACACCACCGGACACAGCUGRGUGCUACCCAGCACUGCUGGGUAAAGCCAGGCUUCACCAGGCACUGCUAGGCACUGCCGGACAGCAUGGGCACAGCCAGGCAACCCGGCCCAGGUAGUAGGGCUGGGCAGUCCAGUGUGAAGUGUCUGUGGGUCUGGUUUAGGSCCGGUUAUGCCCAGCAGCCAUAAGGCCUCCCCAACCUCCCCCGUGGCAGUAGGACCCCCCCUGAGCCCUCUGGCUGUCCCUCCCAGCGGGGCUGUCACCACCUCACAGCAGCUGUGACAGGGACAGUUAAAAAUAGCUCCGGCAGCUAUGGCUGCCCGGUGCCGGCUUGCUGCACGCUUCCACCACAUCCAUGGCACCAACAUCCGCCUAGAUGCCUCACGGACACAAGCCACACGGGUGGAGAGCUUCGCCAACGGGCUCUGCUUCAGCCAGGAGCCUCUGGCACCCGGGCAGAUCUUCCUGGUGGAGAUUGAGGAGAAGGAGCUGGGCUGGUGCGGGCACCUGCGUGUGGGCCUGACUGCCCAUGACCCCCAGAGCCUGGAGGUAGUGCCUGAGUACUCGCUGCCGGACCUGGUCAACCUGGGGGACACCUGGGUGUUUGCUAUCACCCGGAACCACAACCGUGUGGUGGUGGAGGGGGAGGACGUGCAGGCACGGCGGCGCCCCUGGGAGCCCUUCCUGCUGAUCGAGCGGGUACGGAUCCCCCGUGACACGCUGGUGGGGCGCAGCCGGCCUGGACGCUACAGCCACAUCCUGGACGACCUGUACAAGAUGAACGUGCUGCCCGCGACCGCCCGGCGCAGCCGCAUCGGCGUGCUGUACACCCCGCAGCCCGAUGGCACCGCUGACAUGCACAUCGUCAUCAACGGCGAGGACAUGGGGCCGAGCGCAAGGGGCCUGCCCGUCACCCACCCGCUCUAUGCUGUCAUUGACGUCUUUGCCUCCACCAAGAGUGUCCGGGUCAUCCCGGUGGAUUAUGGCUUUCCUUCCCUGCAGACGCUGUGCCGGCUGGUUAUCCAGAAACACAUUGUGCAYCGCCUGGCCAUCGAUGUCCUGGACCUGCCCCCGCUGCUCAAGAGCUUCUGCCAACAUGAGUGAGGUAUUGAGKGUGCUGCUGGGCUGCACCCCACAUCAACAGCCCCCAGCGACGGCUGCCCAGCACGCUCCAUGCCCCUCCCUGCCCCCUCAGCCCAGCACCUGCUGCUGAAGGGCUAACCUGAGAGCAGGGCCAAGUGGGGUUGGGAUUUUCCCCACAUUGAUAGUGUGGCAUGUCCAAAGCGUGGGCAGAGGGGGUGAUAUUGGUCAGAGACAGCAAUAAARUGCUUCCAGACAAGAGUCUGUCAAAGGAGGCUUUGGGGGCUGGGGUCCCCUGUGCUUUAGCAACCCCUCAUGGGAGCAGUUCCCACACUAGUGAGGAAGGGAGMACAGGCCACAGCCCUGCGAGGGUCAGGACCUGUUCCCGGCCCUGGAAUUACGCUGGGAUUGUCUGGGUGGAUCAGAGCGGGYACUGGGGCGGAGCGUGGGAGGGCACUGCACAGCACAGCACUCACGUGGAGGUAAAUUACAGCCAGACGCUCAUCCCRGCCAGGCAGUUUCACUGUUGGGAAAGAUGUUUACCCUGAGAACGAUGAGUUAUUUCCUGUGUGUUCGGCUUGAAGGGGGACGAGUCAGAUGCUGGAGCACCCAGUGAGCAGCACUGGCAGCAGCCGUUGCUUGGGCACGUGUCCGUGGCCACAGAGCCAGUCACAGUGACCUAGCRCAGGGCCCAGCCAUCCUAACUUGGAGCUCCGUGCCCUCAGCUCCGUGCCCUCAGCCAAACCCUUCAUACGCUGGCUCAUCCAGCAGUGCCUGUGCCAGCCUAGAGGGUAGGCAGGCUGGGAGCUGUGCAGAGGAACGCUCUGGGGGGCAGAGGUCUCAAAAUAUCAGAGGGGUGCCCACAAGUGCCAGAAAAAUGGUAAAGGGGYUGGCAGAGCCUUCCAAGCCUUUUCCUGUAGCGUGGCUAAAGGGGAAACAAACAGCUCCAAGCUUAGACAAARGUGUUUUAAAGAAACAUGAUGCUAUAUUUAGUCAGAGACUCGAUAGUAUCAGAUCAUGUUACAAAACCCUUAUUCAAAGGAAAUCCCCAGCCCGCAGCCACGGCCAACUCCAUCAACACCAAAGUGUUAAUAAAGGAAUUGCUAAACGGGGAAAACAUGGACAGUGACCAAACCACAGCAAUGGAGCGAGAUCUCUGACRUUCCCUGCUCUGUCCCAACAACAGGCUGGGAACUGCUGGGGCUGGAGCUCAUCUGGCUGCCAUGGGGCUGAGGAACUCGCCCACUCCAGAGCAGCGCCCACGGACCAGGGCGUUCACUCUCCGGGCCGUUUUCCCUCCCCCACCCUUGCUUGAAGCCUUUGCUCCCCCACCUCCCUGCAGUGUUAUCCUCCCCGCAGUGACCCCCGCACACUGAGGGGGCGGGUUCCUCUUCCUUGAGAAAUUGAGAGCAGCUGCUGCAACCACACAAACAACACCCCUGCUUUAKAGUGGGCUGCAGCACAGUGGGAUUGCCACGCUCCGGAGCUGCCACCUCCUGUCACCUGGGGCACCACGGUGAGACACAACCACCAAGGAGCACUGCCCAAAGCCCAGUCUGACCCCCCAUGCCCUGCUCCCUGGGCAGGGAGGGGUGGCUGCGGCUGGAACAGGCACAGACUCGGCUCCCAAACAGCAUAAGUGUGAUUUAUUGGCUCUGUUGCACAACACCUCAUAGCUGGAUGCUGCAAGGACCUGCGGGUGAUGGCCACAGAUGAAAUAGUUUUGUCAUUACAUUUGUUAUUACACCCAGAUCCCUACAAAUCUAUGGGGCCUUAUGGGAUUAAUUUGAGAAAUCUCAAGGACUGGCUGAUGUCAUCACAAAGCCUCUCUCAGUGAUUUUUUGAGAUUCUUGGGAAUCUGAAGAGGAUUCUUGGGAAUCUGAAGAGGUCCCACAUGACUGGAAGCUGGGGAAUGUUGUCCUGAUUUCAAAGAAGGGCAAGAAGGAGAACCCUGGAAACUACCAGCCUGUCAGUCUCACUUCAGUGCCUAGUAAAAUGACAGAAAAGAUAAUUCUGGGAGGUAUUGAAAAACACUUACAGGAGAACACAGUCACUGAUCACAGCCAGCAUGGCUUCAUGAGAGUAAAGUUCUGCUUAUCAAACACAGUUUCCUUCUAUAACAGGGUAACCCACCUAGCUGAUGGAGGAAAGCCAGUAGAUGUARUAUUUUUGGGCUUCAGCAUAGUUUUUGAUAGUAUCUGACAAAGUGUCUAGCUUGCAGCUGAAUAACCUUCUYA